UGAGUGCUCGCGAGUGUCUGUCUAUCGGUUCAGUUUCGUCGUCAGCAAAAGCGCGAUCGUUGUUCCCGUUCCUCGUCGCAAUCCGCAGUGUCCAGCCCAUCCAUCUAUCGUUUUUUGUUCCGCUUGCGUUUUCAAAACCUCGGCGACCACGAUCGCGAUCGGAUGCGUCAUUUUUCGACAUUUUUAUUUUGAUUUCCCAUCAUCAUCGCUCGCUAGUGUUUGACAGUCCAAUUCGCAAUAAUAGGUAGGAAUCGCCAUUCGCAGUCGGAACGUUCCUCCGAUCGGUGGUCGGUCAGUAGUUCGGCAGUGCCUCGGUGUUUGUUGCUAUAGGGAAAGUGACCAUCGGCGGACCUGGCUUAGAGAAGAGGUAUUUACCUGGUGGGAAUUGCCGUCGUGGAAGAACUGCAGCCAGCAAAAAGUGCCUCCGCCGCGAAACCCGAAACGAAUGUGAAGUUUUGUGCCACGGUUGCAGUUCCAGAAUCUGAAAUUAUACUAAAAAACGAGACACCGUGUUGAGUGAGCCAUACGAAACUAUCUUCCAAAGCAGUUCAGUGUUCGGUCCGUCGUGAUUAGCCUGUAGAAAUAGUGCAGUGCCCCAUCGAAAACUACCGACAUCCUACCCAACACGAAGUGAUUUUCCAUUCGUCGAAACAAAUGCAUGUUUGUUGGGUGGCAAAUUUUGAAGUGAUUUGCGUGCAGUGUCGAUAACCAUCGACUCAUACAGCAAAAAAAAAAAAACGAAGCAUUGCAGCAACAACGAUCGAUCGGAUGUCAAUUCAACCAGCAGUGGCGCGAAGUGCAAUUAUACUGCUCAAUUAAUGCCGAUUCGGCCGAAAUUCGUUCGGUGUCCGAAAUCCGAAAUGUUCAAAGAGUGACCGCGAGCGGUUUGUCGUCGUUGCUUCUAGAGAGUGCAGUGCAAAACAUAACCGAGAAGAAGCGGAAGAAGAAGGCUAAUGGUUUGAAACUGGGAACCCGUGAAGCAGCAAAACCGGAAGUAGGGUAGCUGCAACGCCACAGCAACAACACGACGCCGCAAGAUGCCGUUCAAACUGAAGCUGAAAAAAUCCCGGCACUACAAUGUCAUGUCGAAAAGUUUGUUCGUGAUUUCCGUCGAUCAUCUAGAUCCCUCCACCAAAAUAGACUGCACGCUCAGUUCGGAAAGCACCGGUCAGGAGUGUUUGGAGAAUGUCUGCCAACGGGUAUCGAUCACUCAGCCGGAGUUCUUUGGCUUGCGGUAUGAAGUCAAAGGCAGCACUACCGGCGAGAUGCGAUGGGUGGACCUCGAUCGACCCAUCAGCCGACAGCUGGAGAAAUUCUCCGCCAACAUGAAAGUGCUGUACCUAAGGGUCAUGUACUACGUUUUGUCCGGGGUCAGUUUGAUCCACGACGAAAAUACGCGGAGUUACUACUUUCUUCAACUGAAGCACGACGUGAUCGAAGGUAGGAUAAACUGUGAUCCAAAACAGGCCGUCAUUUUGGCGAACUACAGUCGUCAGGCUGAGUACGGUAAUCAUCAAGACCGCCAUACCGUGUCUUAUCUCAAAACGCUUUUAUCAUUUCCGAAGGAGAUGAUCGAAGCUGAUUUGCUGGAGACGUUGACGGAAGAAGUGAUACGACAAGCUCACGAAUUGCAUAACGUGACGCAGGGAGCGGCAGAAAGUUUGUACAUUUCUGCCUGUCAGCAACUGGAUGGAUACGGCCAGGAAACCUUUGCCGCCAAAGACGAACAUGGAGGGGAUGUCACACUGGGAAUCUCAGUAUCGGGAAUAAUUGUGGCCAGCGAUUCGAAUAAGUUCUAUCCUUGGCGAGAUAUUAAGAAUGUACUCAACCAUAAAAAGUAUUUCAACAUAGAAUGUUCGGAUGCUAGCGAGAAUGUUAGAUUUACGGUGGCGGACUCGACGACUGGAUCGUACAUCUGGAGGCUGUGCGCAAUGCAGCAUCGGUUCUUUGCCAGGUUUGAAAAGAACCAGACGCAAGCGAGUCAGUUAAAUUUGAAUCUGUUUCAAAAUGAAAAUUUGAACGACAGUAGGGACGAUUUGCUGAGUGAAAGCCAGUAUCAGAUAUCGUCUUCAUCAAUGAGUCAUAUAAUGGGUUCAGCGAACUGGCAAAGCAAUAACGAGCUUGCUGCUCAUUCGGCUGCAAGUGUUUGGAACAAUUCUGGACCAUCAAUGGGAAUGGUCGUUGAAUCCCAACCUUCGCCACUAGUUGCUUCCAGUACAAAUAUUGGUAGCAUAGGAAACCUCAACAAUAAUGGCCUUAUGAAUUCCAAUGCCAACGUAAUGCAGUCCCGGUCGUCACUGCAAACAUCCACACUGGAUAUUAAUCUGAAUUCCUCGUCUUCGGUGCCAUUGGAAUAUUCGAAUCACAGUUCAAACUGGGCAAUAAAUCCAGCCGGUUCGAACGCAUCACUGAUCAAUCGUGCACAAAGCUCAUCCUGUCUAGAUUUAAGCAAUAACAAUGUUAGUCAAGAUCGCGAGCGGCUUAAAGCGUUACUACCGACGUAUCGACCGGCUCCGGACUACGAAACUGCCAUACAGCAAAAGAUGCGAAACAGCACUAACGACGUCCGUUUAAGUAACGGCAAUUUGUUGCAUUUAUCUGCCUCUCAAAUGUUGGCUCAGGACCAUAAUCAAAUAGAAUACAACAUAACCGGAAGUCAACCGGAUGUGUCCUAUUUCAACCAAACGGUUCAACAUCAACCCACAAUUCAUCAGCAGCCAUACCCAGAUGUCACUCAUCACACAACGCCGCACAUGAUUGGCCCUCACUAUUCGGAUGCAUCGGAUUACGGCCUGACGCAGCGUUUCAAAAUGAUGAGAUUAGUAAAACCACCUCCACCAUAUCCCGCCAAUCGACUUAGUUCUACAUCCACGCCGGAUCUAGCGUCUCAUCGUGCUCUUUUAGGAUACCGCGGUGCUCACGUAUCCGGAUCUAGUCCUGAUCUUGUAUCAACUCGUCCCCUCAUGAAUCAUGCUCAGCUCAUGCAGAUGUCCCAAAAUAAUCAGAUGUUCUACCCAAGUGCCCAUCAACUGCGACACUCGCAAAACAUCGUUCCGCAUGGAACCUACGAAAAUUUAAACUUUGUGGAACCAACGAAACCUGGAAUGCAUCCUGCUACCCAGGGUGGUAAUCUUAUCUACUUAAUGCCAUCCGAUAUGGAACGUCUGUUAAUAGCAGAAGGCACCCAAUACCAUAAUGGCGCCAUCGGUAUCAAUCCCAAAGCGCACCUCAAUCGAUCUUCCCAACACAUCAACGGAUCCAUUGAGCCCAUCUAUGAGAACGUCCCCCUUCCUUGGAAAAACGAAAACGAAUCCAUUGGCGAAAUUAGGAAUCGAACAUCCAGCGUACAAUCCGCUCCGGGAGUAUCGCGUCUCAGUCAGGAACCCCAGAUUGCCGUCGCUCAACAACCCGCAUACUUCGUUCCUGAGAAGCACCCCCCACCUCGUCAUUCGAAACCUGCGCCAGAAACAAUGGAACACGCAAUGGUCCAGCAGGAUCAUUUCACGAUUUCAUCCAAUCAACCUCCCCCUCCACAAAACGUACAACAGAUCAUUCAAAAGCCACGCACUCCCACUCCCCAACCGGAAGUGAUAAACCGAUCCCACUCCACAAACGUACUCGACUCCUCCGCAUACUCCACCUUUGGUCCGGAUUCUAGCAAUACUGUAGCGCACAAUUCCACCGCCAUCAUCCAAACAAACAAUUCGACACAUCAAAAUCAUCACUCCCAUGGUAGCAGUAGCCAGAAUGAUUCCGGAAUUAGCUCCGUAACAACAUACUCCUCACAUGUGACCACGAACAACGUUAGCAUGUCGACCACAACCACUUCGGGUAGCAGUUCCGUCAAGGAAACCAAACGGCGAAAGAUCUGGGACAUCCUCGGAGGCCGUUCGAAAAAGUCAUCCGAUCAGCAGAAAAGUGCCACCCUCGGACGGGAAAAGGACCGAAAGAACAAGGCAGCGGCGAGUGGUUCGGCUAGCGGCGGCAGUGCCAACAGUUCCCUGAGCGAAGGCCAGAUCAAACAUCGCUGGUCGACGGGGAUGCCGCGGCAGCAACCGCUGCCGGCCAACAUCAGCAAGGAGAAGUUGUGCUCCCUGCUGGAUACGAAGCUCGCCGAUCCUCAGCUCUACUGCGAAUUCGAGCGGAUACCGAAGCGUGCGGAGAAUGCCAAAUAUGACUGUGCCCUGGCGGAGGAGAACAAGGCCAGAAACUUCGAUCCCAACUUCCUGCCGUACGACAACAACCGAGUGCGGUUAACUCCGACCAGGGACAACCGGAUGGGAUACGUGAAUGCUUCGCAUAUCACUAGUACUGUAGGAAACAAGCAGAGGUUCUACAUCGUAGCUGAGAGUCCUAACGAUGCGCCCACGACGAAUACCUUCUGGCAGUGCGUUUGGGAGGCUGAUGUGUACCUGCUGGUGCAGCUAUCGAGCGAACUGAACUAUAUUCCGCAGACUAGUGAACGGUGUUUAGAAUACGGACAGUACCAAGUUUGGCGGGAGUUCUCGCAGGAAUCGGAUCGGUGUACCACCUCCAAGCUGCGUGUGUAUCAUACGCAAAGUCGACGCUAUAGAUCUGUGUGGCACAUCUCGUACAACGAAUGGGGCGAUCAAAAUUGUCCCAGCAACGUGGGACAUUUCCUAGGCUUCCUUGAGGAACUGAACUCCGUUCGGCAGGCAUCGGUAGGCGAGGUACCGCCAUCGCACAACACCAACCCACCGGUUUUGAUUCACUGCAACGAAGGUGGUGGCCGGACGGGCGUAACCCUGGUAGCUGACCUUCUAAUGUACACCCUUGAUCACAAUCAGGAUCUGGACAUCCCACGGUUGAUCGGUCAGAUACGCCAACAGCGGGACAACAUCAUACCAUCGCUAGCACAAUACAAAUUCAUUCACGCCCUACUGAUUCACUAUCUGAAACAGACGCGGCUCAUUUAGGGCUCUACUCCUGUGAAGGUGAAGUUGAAGGCAAAAGUGAACACAUAGAAUCGUUAUUUAUUUCUUCUCACCCUUCACGCCAAUCCAAGUAUUUUUACUGUUUAGUACAUUUUCGUUUCAUUUUGGAUAGACUAGAUAUUUUAUGUUUUAUUUUAUCGUCUGGUAUUAUUGCAAAGUAAAAAGUAUUUUUCUAGCUAAUAUUUUUUUAUCAAACGACUUCUGGUCUAGUAAGGACCAACAAGAUAAAUACGAUAGAGAAUGAGCUUGUGCCUUAAAAUUUUCCCUGGUUUUGGGGUUUGUAAAAUCCGAUACGUAUGGCAGUCAAAAUCUUUUGUACAUAGAACGAUGACAAUAGUACGCCAUUUUUACGUGAACAUUAAUAAACAAGAAAGUGUUACAAUUACAACAAGAGAGUAUUUUAAUAAAUAAUUAUACUAUUAUUGUAAAACAAAUCUAGUACUAACAAAUUUUGGAUAUAAGUAGGUUUAAAUGUAUAAAAACAAACUUUUGAAAAGAACACAAAGAUGGCUCAAUUUAUAUCGAAACGAAGCAAGCGUCCAAUAAAGCUUCCUAACUGGAAGAAUCUACUGAAACUAGA